AUGGCUUCCACGACCUGCUCAGCAGGCGAUCUAGCCCGGUUACUGGGCCCCAACGUUACUAACUCCGCUGGCGCUGCCGCUUUCAUCUGCUCCCAAUUUAGCACCGUCGCGGACAGCUUCGCCGCCACCCAAUAUGCCGUGGACAACACAUAUCUCCUCUUCUCUGCCUAUCUUGUCUUCUCCAUGCAACUUGGCUUUGCCAUGCUUUGUGCAGGCUCCGUACGUGCCAAAAACACCAUGAACAUCAUGUUGACCAACGUUCUUGACGCUGCAGCCGGUGGCCUCUUUUAUUACCUCUUUGGUUUUGCUUUUGCCUUUGGGACUCCCUCCAAUGGCUUCAUUGGCAAACACAACUUUGGUCUCAAGGCUUUCCCUUCUUCUUCUUUCGAUUAUAGUUACUUCCUUUAUCAGUGGGCUUUUGCCAUAGCGGCUGCUGGAAUAACCAGCGGUUCAAUAGCUGAAAGAACCCAGUUUGUGGCUUAUUUGAUUUACUCUUCUUUCUUGACUGGGUUUGUUUACCCAGUUGUGUCUCACUGGUUCUGGUCUGGUGAUGGGUGGGCUAGUGCAACAAGAACAAAUGGGGAUUUGUUGCUCGGUAGUGGAGUUAUUGAUUUUGCAGGGUCUGGUGUGGUGCAUAUGGUGGGUGGGAUUGCUGGUCUUUGGGGUGCUCUAAUUGAAGGUCCAAGAAUUGGGCGUUUUGACCAUUCAGGCAAGUCUAUUGCUUUACGUGGUCACAGUGCUUCCCUUGUGGUUCUUGGCACUUUCUUGCUUUGGUUUGGUUGGUAUGGGUUCAAUCCUGGGUCAUUUACUAAAAUUUUGAUCGCUUACCCUGAUGGUGGCUAUUAUGGUCAAUGGAGUGCAAUUGGUAGAACUGCUGUUACAACAACUCUGGCUGGCUGUACAGCCGCUUUGACCACUCUUUUUAGUAAAAGAAUUUUGUCUGGUCAUUGGAAUGUUACUGACGUUUGUAAUGGUUUGCUUGGUGGGUUUGCUGCUAUUACUGCUGGGUGCUCUGUGGUUGAACCAUGGGCUGCUAUAAUAUGCGGGUUUGUUGCCUCUUGGGUGCUGAUUGGCUGCAACAAAUUGGCUGAGAUUUUCAAGUUUGAUGACCCAUUAGAGGCUGCACAGUUACAUGGCGGAUGUGGGACUUGGGGUGUCAUUUUCACCGCCUUAUUUGCAACUGAGAAGUACGUGAGUGAGGUUUACCCCAAUAAACCGGGUCGUCCAUAUGGGUUGUUCAUGGGCGGUGGUGGAAAGCUCUUGGGUGCUCAUUUAAUACAAAUUUUGGUGAUUAUUGGAUGGGUUAGUGCCACUAUGGGUCCGUUGUUUUUUGUUCUUAAAAAGCUUAAGCUCUUGCGGAUCUCAGCCGAGGAUGAGAUGGCGGGUAUGGAUAUGACCCGGCAUGGUGGGUUUGCUUAUAUUUACCAUGAGGAUGAUGAUGCUCAUAAGAAUGCGAUCCAAUUAAGGAAAAUAGAGCCUACUUCUACAACCCCUAAUGCACAUGUGUAA